UCGCUGGCAUGGUGGAGAGACGCUUCAUUCGUCCUUCAUGUGCAUGGAUGCCUACGUCGUACUACAGGAUGGUUAUGGCUAGCUAAGGAAGCUUAUAACGGCAAACAUCAUGGAUGCCACCCACAGCGGUUGAACGCGUUCAAAAUGACUGUACCGCCAACUAUACUGCUCUGCUCCCUGUUGUUGCUCGGAAAGGCUCAAGGUAAUACCAACUGUGAUCAGACCAUAUCAAGUAGGAACUCCAAGAACGGCACUAUAACCAGCCCUAAUUACCCGAACCCGUAUCCGGUCAACAUACGAUGUGACUACCAGUUCGCGGGAGACUCCAAGGAAAGGGUGCAAAUCAAAUUCACAGACUUCGACCUCUACAUUCCGUCGGACAGCAUCAAAGAGUGCGAGAACGUGGAUUCUAUCAUUGGUUUUGUCACCAUAAAAGGCCAACGGGAAAGGCUGGACAACUUUUGUGGGUCUCAGCUACCGAACCAAAUCAUGUCCAACGAACACAGCAUUACAGUUGUCUUCCAGAGCUACGGCAUGCGGCCAUCAACUGUAAAGGGCUUUAGAGCAAUUUACCAGUUUGUGACCAAUUUUGGCAUACCUUCCGGUCGGCAAGAGGUUGAAGGAGAAUGCAUAUUCAUCUACAACAGCACGGAGGUGUCGAACGGAACUUUCUCCACCCCAAACUACCCUGGUGUCUACCCCAGGGACACGGAGUGCCACUAUCUCUUCUAUGGCAAAAUCAACGAAAAGAUCUAUAUCGAGUUUGCCUACUUCGAUGUGGAGGGUGUACCGCCGUGCCUCUCUGACACAGCUAGUGACUACGUAGAAUUCUCAAACUUCCGCACUGUGGAUCGAAAGAUUCCCCGGCACUGCGGAAAUCUACGGCCAUCCAAGAUCGAGUCGGAUGCAGAUUUUUUUCGAGUUGCUUUCAAGUCCAAUGACAAGUUCGACGGGACUGGAUUCGAAGCUUUCUACCAGUUUCGUAAUAAUCCUGAUCCCUUCACAGUGCGCCAAGUGUCGGCUGUUGGUAAUCAUCAGAACAGUGUGACGCUCCACAUGGCUGGCUCCCUAAGGACUGUGAUGUCAGCGCUCCUGCUGCUGCUGCUGUUGUAGCAGCGCUCAAUGCAAUAGCACAAUCUUGUGAACACCUUUGCACAGUCAUAUCACUAGCACUGUUUUCUAUCGAACGUGGACACGCAUAUUAGGAGAACUGCAUCCGGAGCCCCUCAAAGUUGCGUUGCUCACAUUUGUACGACGGCAUGCAGUCCAAUCGUCAGGAGGCAUUUUCGAAACAUUAAAUUCGUGAAAUUACGAAGAGCCCUUGGUUGUCCUCUCCACAGCACAGUCUUUUGUUCGAGGUGCGAAAUCAUCUUAAUUUGUGCGACACAAUGAGUUCUACAAUGCAAAUCAUUUUCGUUGAAACAAAUGUAAUUCAAGGUGGUUAUUAAAGUUUGGCAGACAAGUC